ACGUGUCACGUGUGCAGGUGCGAUUCAGGAUUCAAGAUUAAAAUUCCGUAGGAUUGUUUAUGAAACGUUAUGGCGUACGACUUAAAGAACGAAGAAGACGUGAAGGAGUUCUUGAAGAAUAUUCAUAUAGAGUAUCAGUUCGGUUGUUACAGCGAGAAAAAGCCGGAUGUCUGUCACCUGUUAGGUGAUUAUUACGAAGCGGUGAAGACGGAGAUGGAGAAGGCCGCUGCGAUUUACAAGACCACCUGCGACCAGUAUAAUUAUGGCAGAAGCUGCGCGAAAUACGGUGAUUUCAAAGCGGUCGGUAAAGGUUGCAAACGGGACAUACCCACUGCGUACAAAUACAUGUCAAAAGGUUGUGAGCUCAAUGAUGAGUACGGAUGUUUGCAUGCCGGUGUCCUGGGAACAUCUAAGAACAAUGUCGGAGAGAAAGAUAGGUCUACUCAGAUCCACACAGGUGUUAAACAACUGCAGAAGGCCUGUGACAUGUACAAUUCGGAGAAAGCGUGCUUUUAUUUGUCGGCAGGUUUAAAACGCCUUCUUCAGUUUAUUCUUCAGUUCGUUAGCGACACAACCAUGCGAUAUCACUUCUUUAAUUCUCGCGCCUGGCUGGCAGCCGCCGUCUUUCUUACAUUUGUCUGUCACAGUCUGUCCGAUGCACAAUUAACCGAUGACAGGAACAACACCGUAAACGUGGACGUUUAUUAUGAAUCGUUAUGCAGCGAUAGCAUGCGAUGGAUUGUAAAUCAACUGGUACCGUCGUAUCCGACAUUGAAAAAUCAUCUUCAAAUAAAUCUCGUUCCUUAUGGCAAAGCUGUGCAUACGCGCGAAAGCGAAACCGGUCCAUGGCAGUUCUUGUGUCAACAUGGACCCGCCGAGUGCGAAGGAAAUAAGGCCCAGGCGUGUGCGAUCAGUGCCAUACAGAUCUACGAGGAUGACCAGGAUAAACAGCAUCUGACGGUGAAAUUGGUCGGUUGUGCAAUGUCCGCUAAAAACCCGUCGACCGCCGUUCCGCAGUGCGCUCGAGAGAUCGGUCUAAAAGGCCUAACACAAAGUUCGCUUAACGAUUGUAUCAUAGGCCGGCUUGCGGAUGAUUUGCUCGCAGUAAAUGGAGAUAAAACACACGCUCUUGAACCACCACUUAAAUUUGUACCAACGAUAGUGAUCAAUGGGGUAUAUUCGAAGGAAAAUCAGAACGAGGCGCUAAGCAGCUUCUCCAAACUGGUCUGUCGAUAUUUGACAGGAGAGAAACCGAGUGUUUGCAGCAGUAAUUAAGGAAAAUUAGGGAGAAAGGAUAGAACCGAGUCGCGUGUUGAAGGUGCGGGGACAAGUAAUCACUCGGUUGAAAUAAAUUGAUAUAUUGUUCUCUUAUAAUAUACAUAUAUAAGUACCUAUGUACAAAAAUAUAUACGAUUUGUCAAAUAUAACGGACUAAUAUGUAUAAAAAUGAUUAUAAAAAAAGAAAAUAAUCUUUGGAAA